ACGAUAAUCGGAACUGUUACACGAAGCAGCGGCUUUUAUAAGAGAUAGUAAGGUUGAUGUUUAAUGUUAGACUAUUGGACGCGAGGACUAGCGCUAGGAACAUAUACCGAUACAGGUGGUGAGAGCUUGGUGUGCUAACCGCUCGAGUUUAAGGACUUUGAAGAAAAAGGAAAAAACUGGAAAAAGAACAAAAUAAGCUCAGGACUAUGGAAGUCGUGAUAUCAACAAACACAGCUGUGAGGCACUUGCAAAUUCUUGGCACUGGAAUUCUGUUAGCCAUCCUUCUUACCUCGUCACAAAUAGGCUCAACCCACGCACGGUCACUGACAGGAGAAGACGGGUUCUUUCCAGAAAACCUUAUCAAAAGAAAUACCUGGUGGAGCAAAAAGUCACUAAAUGUAAUGGACACUAUCCCGCAUACAAGUUUUGAAACAGGAAAUUCGGAAUAUAGCCCGUGUCAGGAAACAAUAGAAAUAUAUUCGUGUUACGUGACGAAGUGUGUUCAAAGUUUCGUGACAUGCGCACGACAGUCCGGGUCGGAGGAAGUGUUUGGAGCGUGCAAAAUGCUGCAUAAAAUGUGCGCAGGUUCGUGCUCAAAAGGGAGCCAACUGGACGACUACAUACGUUUGUGAUCCAAUAUUUGUUGUAAUGAUAACAAAUAAAUUAACACUGAUUAAUGACUUUCUUGUCGGCUGAAAACGACAGCAUUUACGACAAACAAGUGAUUUACACAACUUCUCCCAGCUAAGAGAACUUUGAAAUGUAUCGAUUUGGAUUAUAUUCAUCAUUUUAUUUAUUCUUUUCACUGACUGCCUAUAAAAA